UUCUAAAUUUUGACUCCAUUUUUCAGUGUUCUACAUCAACUGGAAAAGUCACUCCACAACAAUGUUCGGUUCGGAAUCGCUGGCGAAACUGUUUGGCAGAUCAACGAGUUUUCUUCUUCUACUGCUUUACUUCGUCGAACCGUCUGCUUCAGAUGCCACACCCGAAGAUUGGGUGCCGAACUCGUUAAAUUUCAACUUGAAUGGGGAAGACAACACGUUCAUUUCGGCCUAUUUGAACGUCACCUUCAAGACUGAUCAUGGCUGGAAAUGGGACAAGACGGACGUUGGAAGAUAUGGAGGAAGUUACAUUGGUCCUGCCUACGGCCUGCUGGUCCAUGUCACAUCCAAACACGACCAGGCCGAUCAUUUCGGCUGCAUCUAUCCGUACGACAGCUCCAGAUCGGAUGGGAAACUUCCCCAUUCAGGCACUCCAUGGAUCGCUCUGAUCAAGCGCGGAAAAUGCAACUUUGACGUGAAAGUGGACAACGCGUUUAAGAGCGGAGCUGGCGGCGUGCUGAUCUACAAUGACCGAAUGGCACCGACUUUGGACAAAAUGAAACUUACAAAUGAUCCAAGACGUAAGUUUCUUUCCUUCAAUCGGGAAUUUUGUUUCGGGGUUUUCUAAAAACGGCAAAAUGAA